GUCUUUAAUUAAUAUUUUGUUUUUCUUCCUUAUAUAUUUAAAUAAGUACCAGCUUCCCCAUUUUCUAUUUUGAUAUUUUCUUUCGUUUUAACAGUAAUAUUCUUGUCAGCUUUAGCUUCCGAACAUGGAUGAAGCAAAGAUGGAUGUGCUUCAAGCGAAGUUGGAGGGUGUUCGGAAAGAGAAUGAUCGUCUGAGAUUUAUGGUGGAAGCCAUGACUAAUAAAUGCAAAACCCUUCAAACUCAUAUCCAUCAAACUAGCUAUAGGGCAAGUUAUGAAAAGGGAAAUAAUAUAAGAACAGAAGACAAGAAAUCAUCAACAAUCUUUGUCAAAUCCGACUCUAAGGACAAUAGCCUGGUAGUUAAAGAUGGAUAUCAAUGGAGGAAAUAUGGCCAGAAGGUUACUAAAGAUAAUCCUUCCCCUCGAGCUUAUUUCAGGUGUUCCAUGGCUUCUUCUGGAUGUUCUGUGAAAAAGAAGGUUCAGCGAUGCAGGGAGGACGAGUCAUUUCUUGUAGCAACUUACGAAGGAGAACACAACCAUGAAGCUCAAUCUUCAUUCGGUAAAUCUUUCUCUUUAUCCGCCGAAAGCUCAGCCGCCGAGAGCUCAAUGAGCAUUUUUCAUUCUCCACUACCAACUCCAACACCAAAAUCAAAUCCUUACGGAUCAGCUGUCACUCUUGAUCUUACUCUUUCUGGUUCAGAUACUCAACAAAAUAAAAGACCAUCAUCUCACAACUUUACAAAGCAAGAUAUUGUUAGCAACAAGAAGACGAAGAUUGAAGAAUCCGUGGCAUCCAUAACUAAAGAUCCAAACUUCACCAUAGCUUUAGCUGCAGCAGUAGCAACUUCCUGCCUAAACCAACAAUAUUAA